CGGCUCCGCCGCAGGCCCCCUGCUCGGCUUCCGCCUCCUGUGCCGGCGUCGCUUUCUGGAAGGUUCGCGGAGGAGGCGGCCGGAGACCGUUACUCCGCAGCAGGCCGGAAUCCGUGUCCAUCCGUCCUCCUGAACCCGCGCGGACAUCGCUAGGGUCGCCAUGCCGGAGAACAUAGCUCCCCGAAGCGGGGCGCCCGCCGCGGGGCCCGGCGGCCGCGGGAAAGGCGCCUACCAGGACCGCGACAAGCCGGCCCAGAUCCGCUUCAGCAACAUUUCCGCGGCCAAAGCGGUUGCUGAUGCCAUUAGAACAAGCCUUGGACCUAAAGGAAUGGACAAAAUGAUUCAAGAUGGAAAAGGUGAUGUGACCAUUACAAACGAUGGCGCCACCAUUCUGAAGCAAAUGCAAGUAUUGCACCCUGCAGCCAGAAUGCUGGUAGAGCUGUCUAAAGCUCAAGACAUAGAAGCAGGGGAUGGCACCACGUCAGUUGUCAUCAUUGCUGGCUCUCUUCUAGACUCCUGUACCAAGCUUCUGCAGAAAGGUAUACAUCCAACCAUCAUUUCGGAGUCAUUCCAAAAAGCUUUGGAAAAGGGUCUUGAAGUCCUUACUGACAUGUCCCGACCUGUGCAGCUGAGCGACAGAGAAACGUUGUUAAAUAGCGCAACCACUUCACUGAACUCAAAGGUUGUCUCUCAGUAUUCAAGUUUACUCUCUCCGAUGAGUGUUAAUGCGGUGAUGAAAGUGAUUGAUCCAGCCACAGCCACCAGUGUUGAUCUUAGGGACAUUAAGAUAGUAAAGAAGCUUGGUGGAACAAUAGACGACUGUGAGCUGGUGGAAGGUCUUGUUCUCACACAGAAAGUGGCAAAUUCUGGCAUAACAAGAGUUGAAAAGGCCAGGAUUGGGCUUAUUCAGUUUUGCUUAUCUGCUCCUAAAACAGAUAUGGAUAAUCAGAUCGUAGUGUCUGACUACGCGCAAAUGGAUCGAGUGCUUCGAGAAGAGAGAGCCUAUAUUUUAAACCUGGUGAAGCAGAUUAAGAAGACAGGGUGUAAUGUCCUUCUCAUACAGAAGUCUAUCCUAAGAGAUGCGCUUAGUGAUCUUGCAUUACAUUUCCUGAAUAAAAUGAAGAUUAUGGUGGUUAAGGAUAUUGAAAGAGAAGACAUUGAGUUCAUCUGUAAGACAAUUGGAACCAAACCAGUUGCUCAUAUUGACCAGUUCACUCCCGACAUGCUGGGUUCUGCUGAGUUAGCAGAGGAAGUCAGUUUAAAUGGCUCUGGAAAACUAUUCAAGAUUACAGGUUGUUCAAGCCCAGGCAAAACAGUUACAAUUGUUGUACGUGGUUCUAACAAGCUAGUGAUUGAAGAAGCUGAACGCUCCAUUCAUGAUGCUCUCUGUGUCAUCCGGUGCCUAGUGAAGAAGAGAGCUCUUAUUGCAGGAGGUGGUGCCCCAGAAAUAGAGUUGGCCCUGAGACUGACUGAGUACUCUCGAACACUGAGUGGUAUGGAGUCCUACUGUGUUCGUGCUUUUGCAGACGCUAUGGAAGUCAUUCCGUCUACACUAGCGGAAAAUGCUGGCCUGAAUCCCAUUUCUACAGUAACAGAACUAAGAAACCGGCAUGCCCAAGGAGAAAAAACUACAGGCAUUAAUGUCCGAAAGGGUGGAAUUUCUAACAUUUUGGAGGAAAUGGUGGUCCAGCCCCUGUUGGUGUCUGUCAGUGCUUUGACCCUUGCAACUGAAACUGUACGGAGCAUCCUGAAAAUUGAUGAUGUGGUAAAUACUCGAUAAUCUGGAAAAGAAUGGCCAACUGAUACCAUCAUGGACAGACAGACUGGGACUAAAAUGGAAGGGUGAUCACCUUGGAGUUCCUUCUCAUCUGGAAGCUAGCUUCUUCAGAGUUUUUGGACAUUGUCUUCCAGUUGGCAUUUGUUUGAAAUUGUAUUGAAACAAUUUAAUGAAAAUAUUAAAUAUUUGGUCUCAAACUGCA